AUGGCCUCCUCAUGUCUCACCCGACAGCCGUAUAAGGGUAUAUAUACGAUUUUCUACCUCGCCUUCCUCCCUCUACGCGUCCUCUCCAUCCUAGUCUACUUCAUUCCCAAGACCCUCCGCCCGAACCCCACAUGGACCUACCACCAAGCCAUCGGCAUGCGACUCUUUAAGCUCUAUUUCCAGUUCGCCACGGAUACCGAGCUCCACGUAAGUAAGACCCUCGAUCCGGGUAGUGAGAAAGACCGCUUCGUUAUCAUCAAGCCUUCGUCCAAAUUACCCUGCCCAUAUACAGGCCUAGUCAAUCACGACCCAGCCAUAGUCCCAUGCCCAGUCGGUGGAGUGUGGUACGCCGAGAGUCCCAAGCCAGGUGAGGUGCCUGAGCGUGUGAUCAUCUACUUUCACGGCGGCGCGUACGUACUGGGCGGCGUGCGGGAAUAUGAAGGCGGAUGGGGCCCGCGCGUGCUGGCCACGCGCCUGGCCUGCCCCGUGCUGCUGCCGCAGUACCGGCUUUCUGUCGAUGAGAACGCGUCGUUCCCUGCGGCGCUACAGGACGCUAUAACGGCGUACGUGUACGUCCUGAAUGAGCUCAAGGUACCUGCUAGCCAAAUAGUGCUCGCGGGGGAGUCUGCCGGAGGGCACCUCGUUCUUUCGCUGGUGCGGUACCUCUCCGAAAAUGGCAAGCAGGCGGGACUUCCCCUGCCACGCACUGGGCUGCUCUGGAGCCCGUGGCUGGAUCUGACAGUGGGCCGCGACAUGAUGGACCAGCAUCCGAGGCGGGCGCAGGACUAUAUCUUCGGCUCUCUGUCGUCGUGGGGCAUCCGGCGGUUCACGCCCAAGGGCUGGUCCACCACACACCCGUACAUUAGCCAUCUGGGGAACGAGAUUCAUAGCACGGUACCGCUGUUUCUACAUACUGGCACGACGGAGCUUAUGCAUGAGGACCACUUGAAGUACGCGGAGGCGAUGAAGAAGAAUGGGACGAAGCUGGAGCUGUUCGAGACCCCGCAAGCGCCGCACGAUUCAUUUGGAGCGGGGCUCAUUCUAGGGUUUAUCAAGGAGGCUCAUGAGGUGGCGGAUCAUGCAGCAAGGUUCGUGGAUGCGGUGGGACCAAAGAUUGGAGAUGGUGGUGCAGAAACAGAUGUUGUUCAAGAGGAAUCUCGUGUUUGA